GUGGCGUCAUAAAUUACAGUAAAUUACAGUACAUUUAACCAGAUCCUUACCGAACAACAACCUCCCUCUCUCCUCACUGCCACCUCAGUUUAGGCAUCUUCCAGCAACGGCGUAUCUUUGCCUCAUCGACUUGGACAAGUUGUCAUUGCCCAACUACGUACAAGGCUCGACUCGAGUGUCACUGCAGUACGAUUGACGUUGCGUCUUGCUUGCCUGCCUAAAGGUGGUGCGGGGUAACCGGGACAGGGUACAUGAACUGAGCUCCCUCCCGCCGCGGAUGACGUGAACUUAUAACGACCUCCAAACGACUUACCAGUUACACCCAACUUCACUUCUGCAAACCACAUCGACACACACCAGUCGCAAACUCAACCGCCUUCAACAUCUACUUUUCUCAACUAUAUCGCAUAUCAAAGAAACCACCCACUUAAUCAACAAAUUACACCAACCACCACGAUGGCGCCCCCAUUAAGCCCCGCCACCAUCCUCUCCAACAUGGCCGCCGCCCUGCCCACGCACGCCAAAGACGACACGACCUCGGACCUCAGCAGCUCCCUCGACGCCGUCGCCCUCUUCGUGCACGCCGCCAUGAUCUCCGUGGGCUUCCGCCUGCUCGGCUUCUCCGAAGACAGCAAGCCCGAAGAACAAGCCGAGUGCCAAUCCCUCGCCCCGCGCCUGCCUGGCACUUGGAACCGCAGCCUGUCCUCGCACUGCUUCGUCUACGCACACGAACAAUCGUCGAUGCGUUUUGUGAUUCGCGUCGACCGCAUGGGCUCCAAGAUUGAGAUCCGUGGGUUGGGGGUCGGCGACGAGCGUAUUGCGCGGUUUGAAAUUACGACUAGGGAUUUUGUUUCGGCUGCUGCUUUGCCUAUUCGGAUUACUAUGUCUGAAGAUGGAAAGGGGGAAGAGGACCGCUCUGACCUGCCAGAGAAGUUAAAGAAGGUGUUCAUCUCCGAGGAACGCAUCGCCGACCUAGCAUCGCUGCUCAAGGUAAACAUCAUCCAGCGCCUUGUUCCCGGUCUGCAAAAGGAGGGGUACCAAGAGGAGGAGAAUCCCGACGACCGCGCUGCCAGACAAGAUGCGGAUGAAGCUGGUCGUCGCGCCGGUGGCUCUCGUAACCCUCCUCCCAUGAUGCCCGACCCAAUGCCCCAGCCUGCUCAACCAUACCCCUACCCGCACGACCUCGACCCGCCUGCCCGUCGACCGAUUCCAGCCGGAGACUUCCCCCCGCCGGACUUUGAGGAUGAAUAUGAGAUCAACCGCCACCCUCGCGGCGGCCUACCGGGUCUGGUUGGCGGACCCAAUCCAGGAGGAAGAAGCGAUUACGGAAGAAGUGACCUAUAUCCAGCCGGUCUGGGACCAGAUGAUCCGAUUAGGGGAUCGUUUGCGCCGCCGCUCGGUGGACUACCAAGACCCGGAGGGAGAGGACCUGGUGGGUUUGGAACAGGUGGCAUGCACCCGACUUUUGAUGAUCCGCUUUUCCAGGGCCCGCGAGGAGGAGACGACGAAGGAGGUUAUGAUGACCAAGCGCCGCCGGGGGCUAGGUGGGAUCCUGUUGGUCCUGGAGGGUUUGGCGGUUUCGGAGGGGAUAUCAUCUAAUUGUGGGAAGUAAGCUGAAAGGACACGGUUUGUGUUCUGGGUUUAUAUGUCGUGCCGUGUCUUGAUAUUAGGGUUUGGUAUGAAGGACAGGAGUCAGUCUACCUAACGAGGGAUGGUCACGAAAACAAAGGCAGAGGAGAGAGAUGGGAGGAUGCACCUGGCGGGAUACGAGUUGCGACACUGCGGGACGAAACUCUGUUAUAACGAUGUUGGUGUAUGUAUUAACAUGCCAAGCGCUCAGUUGGUGAGCAUUAAGUGGAACCGAGAACUGGUGUCUGGAUGGAACGUGUCCAUUGGUGACCGAAGGAACUUUUCAAGUUAUAGUCGAGAUAAAUUGAACAAACAUUAUUAAAAAUA